AUGUCAACGAUUCUACGCAGCAUCAUAAAUUAUAUCAAAAAAUUUAUUUUUUUAAUUUUCAUCAAUAAGACUACGGUAGAAGAUCAUCAAAUCAAUCAAGAAGAGUCUGACUCAGACCUAGAAUAUAUCAAGACUCAAUAUUUAUAUACUAACGAUUUUCAUAUUGUCAGUAAAAAUGAACGGAAUAACAACAGCAUCUUACAAGAUUCAAUUGAUGAAAUUGAGCCAUCCCAAGAAUCAAAUCCAAUUCCUACAUCAUCUACACCAUCUACACCAUCAACUAGUCAAUUACUUCGACAAUUAACAUAUAAGAGAUCUAAUCAGACCACUAAUAAUCAACCUUCAGAUCAAUAUGGUACUAAUCUAUCAAUUGCCAACCCAAUAAAUUAUUCAUAUAAAACAAAACAACAACAAUUAAUCAAACAUGAACCAAGAGAAAGUAUAUUAAAUAUUAGAAAUGAUAUUACACCUUAUCAAGAAUCAAUAUUAAACUAUUAUAUACCUACUAAACCAAUUUCAUUAAAUCAACAUUCAUUAAUUGACAAUUUCAUUUCAGAUUUUUAUAUUGAUAAAAUAUCAUCUAUUUAUGAAUCAACUUCAAAUAAUCUACAGUCUACAAUAACAAAGAAAAGAUUAGAGAAUCUACAAGUAGUUAAAUCAUUAGAUUAUUCACAAUUGGCUAAAGUUCAUGAAAUAUGGUCAUCGAGAUCAAAUCAAAUAGUAGCUAAAAAUCCGACAUUAGAAAUAUCAACUCAAGAUUUAUUCACUUUAAAAGAUGGACGAUGGUUAAAUGAUAAUAUAAUUGAUUUCUAUCUAGAAUUAGUGAUGAAGAAAUAUCCAACUGUUUUUGCAUGGACAACUCAUUUUUAUUCAACAUUAUCAGGUAAAGGAUAUCUGGGAGUUUCCAAAUGGGCAAAAAGAAGAAAAGUGGAUCAAUAUAAAAAAGAAAAGGUUUUAGUUCCUGUAAAUAUAUCAAAUACUCAUUGGGCAUUGUCCGUCAUUGACAAUAUCGAAAAGACAAUUACAUACUAUGAUUCAUUAGACACAAAACAUGGAAAUCCACAAGCAGUUAAAAAUUUAAAUGAAUAUAUGAGACAAGAAGCUUUAAGAUUAGGUCAUACACCAAUUGAAUAUGAAUUAAUUUCAUUUUUCAAAUCACCUCAACAAAAUAAUGGUUCUGAUUGUGGUGUUUUCACAUGUACUGCAGCAAAAUUUAUAUCGGGAAACCAAGAAUUAAAAUAUAGUCAAAAAGAUAUGAAGAAUAUACGGAGAAGAAUGGUUUGGGAAAUUUUAAAUUCAAAUGUGAUAGAUUAA